CACCCUGACGGGCCGAUUCUAGCCUGUGGGCCAUGUGUUUGACACCCUUGCUCUGGGCGAUCAACCUUAUGUAAAUGCUGAUCAUUAAUAUCCCUGAUGCAAUGUUAAAGGUAGGAGCAAAAGAGGAAGGAGACAAGUCCACACGCCACUUUAGGUUCUACGGUGAGAGUCCUUUGUCCCAUAGAACGAUGGAGGAUCAGUCAACCAGCGAGCCGUCCACACAGACCUUUGUCGUCGCCGACUAUGCAGUCUUUGCUGGAAUGCUCCUGCUCUCCAUGGCCAUAGGACUCUAUCAGGCCCUGAAGAAGCAGCCACAGGAUGCCAGCACCGAUGACUUCUUCACAGGCGGUCGCGGAAUGUCAGCAGUACCCGUCGGGCUCUCCCUCUGUGCCAGCUUUAUGUCAGCUGUCCAGGUUUUGGGAGUUCCGUCUGAAGCUUAUCGCUUUGGAUUCAAAUUUCUCUACAUGUGCCUUGGACAAACCAUCAACUCUCUGCUGACUGCUUACUUGUUCCUGCCAGUUUUCUUUCGACUUGGCAUCACAAGCAUCAAUCAGUAUCUGAGGAUGAGGUUUGGCAGAGGGAUGCAGCUGCUAGGGAGCGUACAGUUUCUUGUGGCGACGCUGCUGUACACGGGGGUGGUCAUUUAUGCACCAGCAUUGAUCCUCAACCAAGCAACUGGGCUCAAUAUGUGGCUGUCUCUGUUCUCUUCCGGAAUCAUCUGCACACUGUACACAACUCUGGGAGGCAUAAAAGCCGUGAUCUGGACAGAUGUUUUCCAGAUUGUUGUCAUGUUUUCAGGCUUUGUGGCAAUUUAUAUCCACGGUACAGUUCUGGUGGGUGGUCCCGCGGCAGUGCUGGAAAUUGCCAACAAUGGAUCGCGGCUUAAUUUUGACGAUUUUGACUUUGACCCACGACGACGUUACACCUUCUGGAGCUUGACUUUUGGAGCUUCACUUUUGUGGCUAUCCAUGUAUGGAAUAAACCAAGCUCAAGUCCAACGCUACAUCUCCUGCAGAACCGAGAGGGAGGCCCAGUGGGCAAUAUUUGUCAACCAAGUAGGUUUGUGCCUAAUUGUGGGAAGCGCAGUUGUCUGCGGCAUCGUCAUGUUUGCUUAUUAUAGCAAGUGUGAUCCACUGAAGUCUGGCAAAGUGUCUUCCCCCGAUCUUUAUAUGCCCUACUUUGUGCUGGAUAUAUUCAAAAACUAUAAUGGCUUUCCGGGUCUUUUUCUGGCCUGUGCAUACAGCGGCACUCUGAGCACAGUUUCCACAAGUAUCAAUGCAAUGGCUGCAGUAACAAUGGAGGACCUCUUUCAACAAUACCUGCACCACAUGAGCCAGAAGAAACAGAUCUUUAUUUCCAAAGGACUGUCCUUCCUGUAUGGAGUUGCUUGUAUAAUCGUAGCCGUUUUAGCAUCAUUCCUGGACUGGGGAGUUCUUCAGGGGUCCUUCACAGUCAUGGCUGUGGUCAGUGGUCCAUUACUAGGUGUAUUCAUUUUGGGGAUGUUUUUUCCUGCCUCAAAUAGACUGGGGACACUCUUAGGAAUAGCAGCCGGAUACUGUGUCUCUCUGUGGCUGGCUGUUGGUUCCACUCUUUACCCGCCCAGUUCAAGGACCAUGGGCGUGCUGCCUAAUUAUGCAGCCGAGUGUGAACCUGCAAACAACACACAGCCGCAACACGACACCUCAGCCCCACCUCAACCCGACAACCCACAGGGCCUGCAUAACUUGUACUCCAUCUCUUACCUCUACUUUGGUGCCCUGGCAACAAGCUCGGUUGUCAUAGUUGGGCUCCUCAUGAGCUAUGCUACGGGACCAACGAAGAGAGCUGAUCUUCAAGAGGGUUUGUUAUGGUGGGACUUGGGUAAGAAACAAACAGUCUUCCACUCACAGUGCGGGGGCUUGUGUACAAAACAACAGUGCGUCCCUAUGAUGGAGCUGCAACAAAAUGAUGAAAACCAGGCACAAGAAAUAGAAAACGUUCACACUACUUGCAUAUAAAGGAUAUGUUAUACUUAUUAAGUCGAUUGUGCGAGUGUAAUCAGAAGUUUUUAUUCGAAGAACCUAAUGUAUAGCUGGUCGCUGGACUAAUCUUCUUUCUCCUGCAGAUCUUAAUUUCCCUCAAAGGAUUAAUAAAGUAUCUAUUGACCAAAUUCUUGUUCAGUCAAAUUCUGUAACGGUUGGUAAAUGGCUGGAUGACAGAGCAGACUUCACAAACGAUGAGCAAGCAAAUAUUUAUUUCACUAAAGGUCAUCACAAAUGUAAAGUGAAAUUAACAAUAGGCUCGAGCACUCCCUCCCCCGCGACCCUGAGGAUAAAGGGGUUCCGAAAAUGAAUGAAUGGUGAUGACAGAUGUUUCAUGACAUUCUGCCAAAGUGUUUAAAUGGUAGGGAUGCAGCGUUUGAAAGUAGCAGCAAAAGAGGAACAGGUGCACAAGCCAAUACGCUAUAUACUGAGAUUUCUUUAUCCCAUAGAAUGGUCGAGCAUCAGUCAGCCAGCGAGCCAUCCACACAAACCUUUGCCGUAGCGAGCCAUCCACACAAACCUUUGCCGUGACCGGCUAUGCAGUCUUUGCUGUCAUGCUACCGCAGUCUUUGCUGUCCAUGGCCAUCAGACUCUAUCUGGCCCUGAAGAAGCAGCCACAGGAUGCGAGCACUGCUGACUUCUUCACAGGUGCUCACGGUAUGUCAGUGGUGCCUGUCUUCCUCUAUGUCAGCUGCCCACGUUUUGGGAGUUUCGCCUGAAGCUUAUUGCUUUGGAUUCCAAUUUAUCCACACAUGCCUCAGACAAAGCAUCCACUCUCUGCUCAUCGCCUUCUUCUUCCUGCCAGUUUUCUUUCGACUCAGAAGUACCAAUCAGAUUGUCAUUAACUUUCCACUAAAUGUAAUGGAAAUUUACCAUAACUCGAACAGCACCAAUCAUAUACAUGUCUAAUGCGCAACACAGCUAUUGCUACUGCUUCAUCUGGUUUGUCACCGCACCCAAUUGGCCCCAAUUUAUGUAGACUGCAAUGGCAAAAAAACGAAAAAGAAAUCUUUAAUCGUCACAAUUAUUAUAUAACCAUACUGUAUUCCUAUUGGGCAGAAACACGUAAAAUCCCUCUACAAAGUUUUAAAGGAUAAAAUUGUCCUUUUUGAAGAGGGAUGAAUGAAACUUAUGUCUCAUAUGAUAACAAAACCAAAUAGACUAUUCUCUUGUAGUCUACUCGUAUAACAGUCAAUACAAAUUGCCAAAUUUGAAACAUGUCCAUUAUUUGUCUGACAAAAUGCUACAAGAAUGUUGGUGAUGAUCAAGCCAAAUGAAAGAGGUGAAGAAUGAUCAGGAAUGUGUGUGGAGUUUUUGAGCCAAGUUUGGCCUGUCUGCCCUUCACAGUAUCUGAAAAUGAAGUUUUGCAGAGGGAUGCAGCUGAUGGG